GUAUCUCUCUCUUUUUCUCUCCACAUAUGUACACGUGCAUAUACAUAUAUUAUACAAUCGUGUAUCACAUAUUCUCUGAGUAUUCAGGUGCCAAACUGGGAAACACUUUUGAAAACCAUGGGAGAAACAGGAGGAGAUGAUCACCAGACCCCUCUAUUGCAUCCAGGGGAAUCCUCACCUGAUGAAGCAGUCCAAACACCACCCCUCACUCUCAAGAGAACUGGGAAUCUAUGGACGGCAGUGGCACAUAUAAUAACGGGAGUGAUAGGUUCAGGGGUACUGUCAUUGGCUUGGAGUAUGGCUCAGCUAGGGUGGAUUGCAGGUCCAUUGUCCAUGCUGUUCUUUGCAUUCAUCACCCUUGUUUCUACGUUCCUUCUUUGCAACUGCUACAGAUCACCUGACCCUGAGUAUGGUCCCACCAGACAUCGAUCAUACGUGGAUGCUGUUGACUUUAGUUUAGGAAAAAGAAGUGCUUGGGUGUGUGGACUUGUUAUACAAAUAAGCUUGUACGGAAUCGGAAUUGCAUAUGUCAUUACUUCUGCAACCAGCAUGAGAGCGAUACAGAAAUCAAACUGUUACCACCAGUACGGACAUGAUGCUGCUUGUGAAUAUGGAGAUACUUUUUAUAUGCUACUAUUUGGAGCUGUCCAAAUUGUAAUGUCUCAGAUACCUGGUUUUCAUGAUAUGGAUUGGCUCUCGAUUGUAGCUGCAAUCAUGUCUUUCACUUAUUCUUUCAUUGGAUUUGGACUGGGCGUUGCAAAAGUGAUUGAAAACGGAGUAAUUAUGGGAAACGUUGGAGGAAUCUCAACUUCUACUACAAUUGAAAAAGUCUGGUUGGUUUCUCAAGCUCUUGGGGACAUUGCUUUUGCCUAUCCAUAUGCCAUAAUUCUCAUUGAGAUACAAGAUACUUUGAAGUCGCCCCCUCCAGAAAACGAGACCAUGAAGAAGGGCUCAACUAUUGCAAUAUGUAUUACCACCUUCUUCUACCUCUGCUGUGGAGGAUUUGGUUAUGCAGCCUUUGGUGAUUCUACUCCUGGGAAUCUUUUGACGGGAUUCGGAUUCUACGAACCAUAUUGGCUUAUUGAUUUUGCCAACGCUUGCAUUGUUCUUCAUUUAGUUGGAGGAUACCAGGUUUACAGUCAGCCACUUUUCGCACUUGUGGAUAAAUGGUUUGCCGAGAAGUACCCCAACAGUGAAUUUGUGAAUAGAGAGUACACUUUGAAACUACCAUUGUUACCGAGCCUCAGAUUAAAUCUUCUCAGGCUGUGUUUUCGAACGGCGUACGUUGCGUCAGCAACCGGAAUUGCAAUGAUCUUCCCUUACUUCAACGAUGUUUUGGGAGUGUUGGGAGCAAUCAACUUUUGGCCAUUGUCUAUUUAUUUUCCUGUGGAAAUGUACUUUAUCCAGAAGAACAUUGGAUCCUGGACAACAAAGUGGAUUGUUCUUCAAGUUUUUAGCAUUUUUUGCUUGCUUGUGACAAUGUUUGCCUUGGUUGGAUCAUUUGAAGGGCUAAUAACUGCAAAGUUGAGCUAGGAAAUACUGCUACUUAUAUCCAAAUGACAAGGGGGUUACUAUAUACAUUGAUUUUUUUUUUUUUUUUUUAAACCAUAAACGAUUAUAUGCAGAAUCAGUUAUGAUGAUAAAGGUCUAGAUGUUUUUGUUUUUUUUCAUUACCGAGAAGUAGUUUUUUUUCAUUACCGAGAACCCUCAAAUUUUCAGGGAUUAUAAGGACCCUACCACUGUAUAUUAUAUAAAUGGAACUAUUUGAUUAA